GCCUGGGUCUCCCUGAGGCCACGCCCCGGGACCCCGAGCAGCGUGGGCCACGCCUGGUGCCCCCCGGGCUUCAUCCGGCAGAACGGCGUCUGCAUGGACCUGGACGAGUGCCGGGUGCGGAGCCUGUGCCAGCACGCCUGCCGGAACACGGAGGGCAGCUACCAGUGCCUCUGCCCCUCGGGCUACCGCCUCCUCCCCAGUGGGAAGAACUGCCAGGACAUCAACGAGUGCGAGGAGGACGGCAUCGAGUGCGGGCCCGGCCAGAUGUGCUUCAACACCCGCGGCAGCUACCAGUGUGUGGACACACCGUGUCCUGCCACCUACCGGCAGGGCUCCAGCCCCGGGUAAGGGCCGAGUUGGCUGGGGGGUGGGGGGCUGGGAGCUUACACUCUGGCUCCUAUAGGCUGGACCCCUCCCUCCAGGCCAUGUCUCAGGCACAGGCCCUCCUACAACCAGUGGGGUCAGCCCUGCCUGAACUCCAGGGCAGCGCCUCUGUGCCCACUGGGCAGGGUGCCUCAUGCCAUGCACCUGCCUGCGGACACUCUGGGUGCCAGCUGGCCCGGACACGGUCGAUUCCUAGAGAGAUGCGUCAGAGGAGCAGAGAGCACUGGGGACCCGGAGAGGCCGGAGCUGGG